AUGAUGCCACAUGAUAAACUUCUAAGUAUUUUAUAAUUCUAAUAGCCAUAUUGAAUGUAUUUGACUAUUGAAUGGUAAUCAAGUAUAUUUAUAAUUAAGUUGAUAACGUUGAUGCAAUUGAAUUAAAAAGAGUUCUGAAAACAAGAUUAGUAGAAUCAUUAAAAUAAAAAGAAGAAUCAUAUUAAUAAUAAUAACAAUAAUAUACUUUGAAUUCUAGUUAAAUUAUUGCUGAUCAAACUUCAAAGAUUCAUAUCAGAAGUUAAAUUAAAAAUGAAACUAAAAUUUUUUAAUUAAAUUUUUGUUUGUUCUCCUAAAAAUAAAGAUCUAAAUUAUAUAAAAAUCCGAGAAUUAGAUUCAAAAUAAUAAAACUAGAAAAUUAAAUAAAAAAUAAUAAUCAUUAUAAAUUGACUGACAAAAAAAUAUCUAGAAAAUUAAUGUUGAAUAAGAAGCUUUAAUUUUGA